UGACGCGCUUUUCACGAGACGCCUAGUGCAACACUUCUGGAAAUAAAAACAAACUUGCUACGAGUAAUCCUGAACGCGUUAUUGUGAACUCUCUGAAAGAAAGGCGCGUGACAUGCGCUCGUAUAAACAGCAGAAGCGCGAUAAUAACACAGCUGGGAGUUUUCUGCCUCCUGCGGUUCACAGUUAUAAGCAGCAUCUAGCAGCAGUGAAGUCUUUACUGCCCGACAGACUGACACAGAGACCGCUUGAUCUGAGGUUGUCAGAUGAACUGAAGAAAGCUUUGAAUGUGGACUCUGUGAAACCAAACCCCUCCAAAACCGAUGGGCGUCUGCAUAUGGCGGUCAGGCACAUGCGCGCUCCUGUACUGGCAGGUGAGAGUGUGUUUGCGGGUGUGCAGCGCUGUGUUUUCUCCCUUCCUGUGGCACUUCCUGUUGGGAUGGUGGCGGAUUUGGGGCUGCAGGCGUACAGGGUGAAGCCCCAUCGGAUCGCUCACAGCGCAGGGGCCGCGUCUGCUCAGAGUAAAGCAGCUCUCGCUCACAUGCGCGGUGACACAGGAAGUCUGCGUGACAGUUCUGCCCAAAGUUUCCCGUCUGCCAUCAGCUUCAGAGAUGACGUCACAUCCUGUCCAGAGAGACUGGAUCUGGACCGGCGCGGUUUGACGUCGAUCCCUGAUCUGGACGGGGGCGAAAAACUGCGUCUCCUCAACAUGCAGCACAACCUCAUCUCACACCUGCAGGACCUGGUUCACCUGCGGCACCUGGUGUUCCUCGAUCUCCAUGACAACCGCUUGAUUGACAUGUCUGGCAUCUCCGCCCUCAGCUCUCUGCGUGUGCUGCUGCUCGGGAAGAAUCGAAUCCAGAGGAUCUGUGAUAUGGAUGGCCUCACCAAACUCGAUGUUCUGGACUUACACAGUAAUCAGAUCUCUCAGAUUGAAAACGUGUCUGGUCUGUCGAAGCUUCGUCUGCUGAAUCUAUCAGGAAACCGCAUCACUCGAGUGGAGAAUCUGCAGGGCUUGAAGUGUCUGACCGAACUGAACCUGCGACACAACGGCAUCACGUCUGUGACGGGUGUGGAGCAUCUUCCUCGUCUGCAGCGUCUGUUUCUCAGUGCUAACAGCAUCAGCAGUUUUGAUGCGCUGGCCUGUCUGUGGGACUGCCGCUCUCUCAGUGAGCUGAGCGUCGAUGGGAAUCCCGUGGCGCUGGAGUCAUGCUACAGACAGACGCUCCUCCGCUGCUGCUCGCCACACCUUCAGCUGCUCGACAUGAAGCGCGUCACAGAGGAGGAGAGACGCACGGCGAGUGUUUCAGCACGAAAGGAGGAUGAGAAGAAGAAAGAGGGCCACAAACUGGCUGCGCACAAGGAAAGGCGUCGACUGGCGAUCCAGAAUGCCGCGCAGCAGUGGGAGGGGCUUAAAGCGUGCCUCGAGCUUCCUGCGCAGAACGGCUCAAAGGAAGACGUCAGUCCAGACAAUAGCCCCGCCCACAGCCCCGCGCAGACCAAUGGGAACGCUCAGGAGACCUCGCCGGACGAGCCCAGGCGCUUGAGUCCGCUCACAGUCUCAGCCGGAGGAAGUGACAGCAGGUUACGAUCGGCCAGUCGCCCAAACAGCCCCAGAGACCCCAGGCUGCAGGAUGGCGGCGGUCCGAGCGUUCAGAGUCUGUCCAUGUCUGACAGUCACCUGGCCGAGCUGGACGGAGACACGCUGCGUCUGUUUGGCCCCGGGGCCCUGGAGACGCUGGAGCGCUGCUGGGGCGUCCAGACGGCCGCGACCGUCACCACCGUCGCCUUCCGCUACAUACACUUCGACUCCAUCAUUCCCAACUUCCUGCGCAUCCGCCUUAAAUUCCCAAACCUCACGCAUCUGAUGUUCAUGGAGACGAGCAUCACUCAUCUUCCUCAGCUGGCGGCUCUGGCUCAGAUCAGACGUCUGGAGCAGAUCAGCGUCCAGCCGGAGGGGAAUCCUGUGGUGGGACUGACGCUCUGGAGAUCUUUCCUCAUCUACAGACUUCAGCAUCUCAACCUGCAGAAGAUCAACGGCACAGAGGUGACUAUGAAUGACAUCAUGGCCUCCGAGCGGAUGUUCGGGGCUCUGGGUCACGUCGCUGCUACAGAAACGCCGCGCUGUCGUCUGCUGCUGCUGCUGGAGGAGUCCAGGAAGCGGCAGCUGCAGUUCCUGCUGGACGGUCGCGGUCGGAGAAGCGGUCAGAGUCCGGAGGAGCUGAAGGAGAACGGCAAACAGCUGGGAGACGGUUUGAGCCGAGCACUGUUCAACUACCCCAGCCGAGUGUCCGACGGCCCAGAGGAGGACGGCGGUGACGCGACGCAGCGCUCCGCGAUGGUGCAGCAAUAUCUGCGAGGUCUGAUUCACCGAGCGUCCGGUCACAGCGUGAAGGCCGACGCGCUGCAGAAGCUCUGGCCGUCGCUCUUCGCCGAGCUCGUGAGAGACUGUGUGCUGGAGAUGAGAGACAGACAGGCUUUCAGACAGACGAGUCUCCAGCGGCUCACGCACAGCAAAUGACAGACGUCCCUCGUCCAGAAACAUCAACCACAGACUUUGACUCAUUCAUGUGAUAAACACAGAGGUGUUUUAACCUGUUACCUGCCACCCCCUCCCCUUCUGAGCGUAGACAUGAAAGUGCACUAUAACUUAAAUAGAUGAAUACUGACAUAAGGAUUGGUCUCUUUUAAAGAAGACACUGAUAAGAUUAUUGCAGAAGUGAAAAAAGUUUACUGUAAAGCAAAUGUACUGUACUAUUUAUAAAAAAACAUAUAUUUUACUCUAAAAUUGGGAGAAAAUCAAAGCCAUAUGUCUAGCCAAGUCAUGUUCCAAAUUUGAAGUUGAUAUCACAAAAAUUGUGGUUCCUGUGAGAUUUUGUUUAGGCGCUGUACCAAAAAUAGCCACCAGGCUUUGGAAGCUUGUUUCCGCCACUGAAUUAAAAAUAAAAAAAGUAAUUACAACUUUUUAUUUAGAAUUGUGAGAUAUAAAGUGAGAAUUGCGAGAUUUAAAGUCAGAAUUGUGAGAUAUAAAGUAAGAAUUGUGAGAUUUAAAGUCAAAAUUGUGAGUUAUAAAGUCAGAAUUGCUUUUAAAUUGUUUUAUUCCGUGGCGGAAACAAGCUUCCAUAACCAGGCGACACACAUUAUAUUGAGUUUUUUUACGCGUCAUAAAUUAAUAUACCACUUCUAUAACAAAACAGAUGCCAAAUAUGGAACCUUGAGUCUCAGACCUUUCUAACAAAUGUGUGUUUUGUCAAGUUUAUUAAUGGAUUUGAUUAUAAAAUAGUGCAAACAUGACUCCGCCCACUAGGGGGAGGAGCCUACCGAAAGGUUUUAAAGUAGUAACGCAUUUUCAAAACGGUUUCACAGGAUGAAUUUUUGAAUGUUUAAGCUUUCGAAUGAUAAUUUAUGAUGAGGCAAUAAAUAAAAGCACGGUAAGGGUACAGUUAACAGCCUGAAUGUACGUCACGUCUCAUCAUCACUGUGUUUAUUUGAGUGAACUUCCUCUCCUGUGGGCCAGUAACUUCCUCAGACGUCAGUAAUGGUGCUCCUGAUUAAAGCCGGUCUGUCGGAAACAGACAGGUACAUUCCAGGUGUGACAAACCUCAGUCUCCAGUGCAGUAGAGUUUCCUUCAGAUGUCUGUGCCGUUAAAACAUUCUAUAAUCAUGUCAACAGCUCGAGAUUCUCUUCAAAAACUGAGAAGAAUCGACUCAUUUCCAAACACAAGCGUUUGUGUUUGUGUAGAGUGUGUUUCAGAUCUUUCUCUUUAAUGCCUGUCGCUUCUCCAUAUUGAAUGUCAAAAUCAAACCACUUGGUCCUUCAUGAGCACUGAUGUAUGUUUUGUACUUGACUGGUUAUUAAAUAGAAAAAUGUGAAAAAA